CAACAAUAAAAGAGUCCAGGGUACGAUGAGGCACUGGGUCCGGUUAACUUGCUAACCGACGGCUGAUCUUAUAAUAACCCGAAACCAGAAGCCGACGCCAAAACAAUAAUCUAUUACAGAACUUUGUUUAUGUUUCGUUUUUGUUUCUUUCGUCUACUGCAACCACCCAAACUUGUCUUGACUGGGUUCUUUUUCUCUGAUUCUGUCUCACUCCGUGGCUGCUUUCUUGUCGCUAAUUUCAAGAUAGGAUAAUAUAUAUAGCGUUCUUUGUGGAUCUGGAUUCCAAUAUCAAAUAAUCAAACACUUGUCGAGCGUCAUGGAAGGAAAUUGGUGGGAUUGGUGGUUCGUGGUGAUGUUGGGGGCUAUGGCGGUGGGAGACGCUGGCUCCAGUUCCACUUCCAAAACAUGGGGAGACGACAAUGGUCUGAUCACCCGUAUUGCAUUUGGAUCUUGUGCUAACCAAAACUAUCCCCAGCCUAUCUGGAAAGCCAUAAUCAAGUUUGAGCCCCAAGUGUUCAUUUGGUUGGGUGACAACAUCUAUGGAGAUAUUAGGCGACCCUUUAAGUUUUUUGGGAAGGAGAGGACCAUCGGGCCUUGGAAGAAUGCUCAUAGGUUCAUCCCUUCUUCUGAGGAAGAAAUGGAGUCUAAAUACAAAAGGGCUAAGACUAGUCCUGGAUAUUCUCGUCUUCGAGAGAAUGCCAAGGUGAUUGGUACGUGGGAUGAUCAUGAUUAUGGAUUGAAUGAUGCGGGCAAAGAAUUUGCCGCCAAAAUCACUAACCAGAGGCUUCUGCUUGAUUUCUUAGAUGAACCUCAACAUAGUCCACGGAGAAAGCAGGCUGGAGUUUAUGCCUCCUAUACUUUUGGUCCUGUGGGCAGGCAAGUUAAGAUUAUACUUUUAGAUACAAGAUACCAUAGAGAUCCUUUGGGCAGCGAUGGGAGUAUCUUGGGGAGUUCGCAGUGGACAUGGUUAGAAAAAGAGUUGAGGGGUCCACCCUCGGCCAUUACUAUAAUUGGAUCCUCAGUUCAGGUAAUAUCAAAUCUUUCAGCUUGUACUGGUCCACUGUUCUAUAUGGAGUCUUGGGGACGUUUUCCCAAGGAGAGGGAUCGACUUUUCAAAUUGAUAGCAGACAUUAAGAGAGAUGGAGUUUUUUUUGUCAGCGGAGAUGUUCAUUUCGGAGAAAUUACAAGAUAUGAUUGUGGUGCUAGAUACCCAUUGUAUGACAUUACCUCAAGUGGUCUUACACAAGCCAUUGAGAAGAUAGUACCGUCAUCUAUACAUUUCAUUGUUAGAUUUUUGGCUUGGUUGACGCCCAAUACAAUGAGAGUUACGAACAAAAAUUGCAGAUACAGAUCAUGCACAUAUGGCCAACCAAAUUUUGGAUCAAUAGAGAUAGAUUGGAAUGCAACUCCAGUUACUCUCAAAAUUGAAGUGAGGGAUUCGAAUGGAUUACCAGCAGUAGGUGUAAACAUUUCAUUAACAGAACUCAUGCAAGUGCGGAAUGCAACUUCACCAACUACAGUUGGCAUUGGCAAAUAUCAGAGACACUGCUCUCUUGAAGUUACUCUUCCUCCUAUCGUCAGAUAUCGCCUGACCAUUUUAUUUUACUUUGUUGUGACCGUGUUGGUUCUAGCUUUCAUAGGACUCCUUUACGUGGGUAUAACAGUGGUUGGAGUAUGCCUCCAUAAAUGCAAGCUUGACUAAUUGAUGGUGAAAUUACAUGGGAAAUUAUGAUUAUCCUUGACUAGUGACUGGGAGGGAUUGGUUUUGACAGGCACUUUGUUUGGAGAGAGAGUCCAAGGUUCUAGAGGAAAUAGACGCAGUUUCCACAAUUGGGAGGAACUUUUUUUUAUUUUUGCAAUAAAUUCAUAAAUCUUUAGUUCUAUUAAUAGUUUUAAGGUGUAUAUU